AAAGAAAUUAAAAUUUUCUUUUAUCUCACGCCCUAUUUCUUACCUUUUUGAUUGAUCUUGCUUUCUCCUUCGAUCCUCUAACCCGUCCCUCUACUUCCAUUUCUAGAGCAGCAUCUACCUGCAAUUUCUUGUAUUUUUGGAUCAAUAGACAUGUCGUUCUCAGAUUCUGACUCGUCAUCUUAUGGUGGCGAGUACAAGAAUUUUAGACAAAUCAGUCGUGAACGUUUGUUACAUGAAAUGCUUCGAUCUGCAAAAUCAGGGGACUCAAAGUCAACCUGGAAGGUACUUAUCAUGGACAAACUUACUGUGAAGAUCAUGUCUUAUGCGUGCAAGAUGGCUGAUAUCACACAGGAAGGGGUUUCAUUGGUGGAAGAUAUAUACAGACGAAGGCAGCCAUUGCCCUCCAUGGAUGCUAUAUACUUCAUCCAACCAACGAAAGAGAAUGUUGUGAUGUUCUUGUCGGAUAUGUCAGGGAAGGCUCCUUUAUAUAAGAAGGCAUAUGUUUUCUUCAGCUCACCCAUUUCAAGAGAAUUGGUUACUUAUAUCAAGAAAGAUACAAGUGUAUUGUCUCGCAUAGGAGCAUUGAGAGAGAUGAAUUUGGAGUACUUUACUAUAGACAGCCAGGGUUUUGUCACUGACCAUGAAAGGGCUUUAGAGGAACUUUUUGGGGAUGAGGAGGAUUCUCGGAGUGGUGAUGCAUGUUUGAAUGUGAUGGCUACUCGCAUUGCUACAGUUUUUGCUUCUCUAAAGGAAUUUCCUUAUGUGCGCUAUCGUGCUGCCAAGUCACUGGAUGUGACUACAAUGACCACUUUUCGUGACUUGAUCCCCACAAAACUUGCUGCAAGAGUUUGGGAUCGCCUAACACAUUAUAAACAAAAGAUUGAACAUUUUCCACAGACAGAAACAUGUGAGCUGCUCAUCCUAGAUAGAUCUGUAGAUCAGAUUGCUCCCAUUAUACAUGAGUGGACGUAUGAUGCCAUAUGCCGUGAUUUACUGAAUAUGGAGGGAAAUAAAUAUGUACAUGAGGUUCCUAGUAAAUCAGGUGGUCCUCCUGAGAAGAAAGAGGUUCUUUUAGAGGAACAUGAUCCUGUCUGGCUUGAGCUUCGACAUGCACAUAUAGCAGAUGCUAGUGAACGGUUGCAUGAGAAGAUGACCAACUUCAUAUCAAAGAAUAAAGCUGCACAAAUCCAACAUGGUUCAAGAGAUGGUGAACUUUCCACCCGGGACUUACAAAAGAUGGUUCAAGCUUUGCCACAAUACAGUGAACAAAUUGACAAGCUUUCCCUGCAUGUAGAGAUUGCAGGAAAAAUUAACAGAAUUAUCAGAGAAUCAGGCCUUCGAGAGAUAGGGCAACUGGAACAGGACCUGGUUUUUGGAGAUGCAGGAAUGAAGGAUGUAAUUAAAUUUUUGACUACUAAAGAGGAUGCAUCUCGUGAAAAUAAGUUGCGUUUGUUGAUGAUUCUUGCGGCAGUUUAUCCUGAUAAAUUUGAUGGCGAAAAGGGUCUCAAUCUAAUGAAGUUAGCAAAAUUACCUGAAGAUGAUAUGAAUGCUGUGAAUAAUAUGAGGUUUCUUGGGGCGUCUACAGAUUCCAAAAAGAGUUCAACUGGAACUUUCUCUUUGAAGUUUGACAUUCAUAAAAAGAAGCGCUCUGCUAGAAAGGACCGUGUUGGUCAGGAGGAAACACAAUGGCAAUUAUCAAGGUUUUAUCCAAUGAUAGAGGAGCUUGUUGAAAAACUUAGCAAAGGAGAACUGUCUAAGGAUGAAUAUCCAUGUAUGAAUGACCCAAGUGCAACUUUCCAUGGGGCACCCCAUGUUGCAUCGACAAUUCAAGCUCCAACUCCUCAUUCAAUGAGAUCAAGACGGACAGCAACAUGGGCUCGACCACGAAACUCUGAUGAUGGGUAUUCAAGCGAUUCAGUGCUGAGACAUGCAUCUAGUGAUUUCAAGAAGAUGGGCAAACGUAUUUUUGUAUUUAUUGUUGGGGGAGCUACCAGAUCUGAGCUAAGGGUUUGCCACAAGCUUACAAACAAGCUACAGAGGGAAAUAGUUCUAGGCUCUACAAGUCUUGAUGAUCCUCCUCAAUUUAUUACGAAACUAAAGCUACUGACUGCGCAUGAACUCUCAAUAGACGAUCUACAGAUAUAAAUGAUGUGGGUCAGGAAGCUGAGUAGGCGCUUUCAAUAGGUUCCUAAUCCCAUUUGUGUUCGUAGAUAGGCAUUUGCAUUCAUUGAAUCCUUUUUUUUUUUUGGUCUCCCUCGGUUUUUAGUGUUCAGUGUAAAAGUUUCUGCUUUUUGAUAUUUGUAGUCGCUUGGCUUUGUCUUGCACGUGCUGAAGCACCCUGCAUUGCCAGGCUUAUUGCAAUUGGCUUGCGGAUUGUAAUUGAUAAGUCUGGAUGAAACUUUAUGAGAAUUUACUGUGUAUAAUAUUAUUUUACUAACCAAUAGAAAUCAAUUGAGCUUUGAAAUGGGAAAAAGAAAAUGUAAAGCAGUGU